AUGGUAUACGGCAAACAUCGAAAUCAUUCUCAAUUUCGAAAUAUUCAACAAGUUAUUUCUGGAACAGUGCGUAGCAUCAACGGCGUCAACGACAAUUUCGAUCAGGGGGUACUGGUGCAUCAGCGACCGACGUAUGUUCGUGGUUCACCGGAUGAUGUACACGAUUGGUUAGAUAAAUUGGAACAACGAUUUACCAUGCCACAUUGGUCCGAUGAAAACAAAUGCAGUUGUACCCUACAGUUUCAUUUUUAUUUAUUCAAUUUAACGGAAACCAGUAAAAACAUAACCUAUUCAAUUCAUUUGGAAGUUCAUCCAUCAGAGUCGAAUAUUUCUUAUUUAUUAAUCUAUGAAUCUGACCGUAAACCACAAUUGAAACCUAUUCAAAAUUGGACGUUCUUGUGCCCAUCGAAUUCCACAGUUGAGCCUUUAGAAGAAAUGAACGAAUAUUGUUCGAAUAAAACGUUGUAUCCAAAACUCAAUCAAUCGAGAAAAUUCACUUCUGAUUAUCAAAUUCGAUUGUAUCAAUCAGCUUGUUUUUAUCUGGAUUCAGAUAAUAACUGGCAAUCGGACGGAUUGGUCGUUGGAUCAUUGACAAAUUAUAAUCAAACACAAUGCUUUAUAACAUAUCCACCAUAA